AUGCUCUCGACCCUGGCGGUCUUCAGCGCCGCAGCCGCAGCCCUGCCCGCUUCAUCUGUCCGGCUGGCUCCACGUGCAGCCUGCACUCCCGAGGCCGGCGGCUCCGCCUCGACAGACGACGUGCCAGCCAUCACGUCCGCGCUGACCAAGUGCGGGAACGGCGGCACAAUUGUUCUCCCCGCGGGGACGACGUACUACGCGAACAGCGUGCUGGAUUUCGAGGGCUGCAAGGGCUGCGACUUCCAGAUUGAGGGCACGCUCAAGUUCUCCGAUGAUACUGACUUCUGGAACGGCGAGCGCGCAAUGAUAAACGUGAAGAAGAUCGACGGGGCCAAGAUCCGCAGUCUGACUGGCUCGGGCGUUAUUGAUGGUAAUGGGCAGGCAGCUUGGGACCUCUUCGCCAAAGACAAAGACUUUGCGCGGCCGACGCUGGUCUACAUCUCCGGCAGCAACGACAUCACACUAACGAACAUUGCGCAUAAAGACGCGCCGAACGUGUUCAUCUCGGCGCGCGACGACAGCAAAAACGUGCACUUCUCGGACCUGAGCUUGAGCGCAAAAUCGACAUCCGACAACGAGCCCAAGAACACAGACGGCUUCGACAUCGGCGCGGCAUCGUACGUGACGGUCAGCAACGUGACGGUCGUCAACGACGACGACUGCAUCGCCUUCAAGCCGGGCGCGGACUUCGUCACCGUGACCGAUGUCACCUGCACCGGCAGCCACGGCAUCAGCGUCGGCUCGCUGGGCAAGGGGUCGCCGGACACAGUGACGAACGUCUACGCAGGGCACAUCACGAUGAUCGACUCGACCAAGGCCGCCGGCAUCAAGACGUACCCGACGGAUAACGGGCAUCAGACUAGCACCGUCUCGAACGUGACGUUUGAGGAUUUCACCGUCAAGAACUGCGACUACGCGUUCCAGAUCCAGAGCUGCUAUGGCGAGGACGACGAGUACUGCGAGAGCAGCCCUGGCGACGCAAAGUUGAGCGGCGUGGUGGUCAAGGGUUUUACAGGCACUACGAGCGAUAAGGAGGAUCCCGUUACGGCGAACUUGAACUGUGGCGAGGAGGGAACUUGUGGUGUUUCUUUCUCUGGCUGGGAGGUCAAGGCCCCCUCGGGUAAGAAUGAGGUUCUUUGCGCUAAUACGCCCAGUGACUUGGGCGUGGAGUGCACGGAAGGUGCGUCUGGUUGA